CAAAUCAACAAAAGUAGGAUAAUACUUUAUUCAAGAUAGUAGUUUUAUAGUUUAUACUUUUGUUAGAGAUAAUAGUAGUUAGUUUAGAAAAAGAGACGAAUGUUAAGCUAUUGCAGCUCAAAGUAUCUAUAAUUGAAUAGACCCGGACACCGGACCACCCAAUUGUUGGAGUCCGCCCGCGUAACGGGAGUGUAGUGCACGUUGUUGGUUGCCUGAGUCUCUCCAGAACCACAUUGGUCUAGGCACCGUUUUUGUCAAAGGUGCCACCAAACAGCCAUCGAAAGUCACUGCCAUCACCGAAUUAGUGCGAAUCCUAGCGACAAACUGUCUACCAUGAGUGGAGAUCUGGAGAGCGCGAAAAAAACCAUUCGCGUCGGUUCGCGCAAAAGUGAGCUGGCCCUCAUUCAAACGAAACACGUCAUCGCCCUGCUGCAGAAGCUCCAUCCGGAUGUGGUUUACGAAAUUCAUACAAUGACCACGGUUGGCGAUCGUGUGCUUAACAAGUCGCUGCCGAAGAUUGGUGAAAAGUCGCUUUUCACCAAGGACCUCGAGGACGCCCUUCGGACCGGAGGCGUCGACUUCGUCGUACACUCACUGAAGGAUCUCCCGACGGCUCUGCCGCUUGGAAUGGCUAUCGGUGCGGUGUUGGAACGGGAAGAUCCGCGAGAUGCACUCGUUCUUAACGAACGACACCGGGGGCGUACGUUAGCCACUCUUCCGCGGGGUUCUGUCAUCGGAACGUCCUCGUUACGGCGGUCGGCCCAACUCUCCCGUUACCACCGCCAUCUGGUCGUGAACGAUAUUCGAGGUAAUCUCAACACGCGGCUUGCCAAGCUGGACGCAGAGUCGUCAAAGUUUGCGGGCAUAAUCCUGGCGCAAGCUGGCCUUGUGCGGAUGGGUUGGAACCAGCGGAUAGAUCAAGUGAUCGAACCAGAUGAGAUUUUGUACGCCGUUGGGCAGGGUGCGUUGGCCGUUGAGUGCCGCUCGAACGAUUCGUACAUUCUGGCGAUGUUGGCCAAGCUGUGUCAUCUCGAAACGCAGUGUCGAAUUCUGACCGAACGCAGCUUCCUGCGGACACUCGGUGGGGGCUGUAGUGCUCCGGUGGCGGUUCGGACGGUGCUGAAGCGUCAGAAUGGAAGUCAGCAGGAGGGGGGCGAUGCAACGGCGGAUGGAACACGAAAACGAUCAUCGAACGAGAGCGACGAUUCUACAUUCCAACUGCACGUCGAAGGUGCCGUAUGGAGUCUCGAUGGUAAAACCGAAAUACGGUCAAGUAGCGAGUGUGAACUGGAUCUGUCAGCUCCAGGUCACAAUGAAGAAACGCCACCGAAGAAGCUCAAACUAACGGAAUCGGACUCGGUGCUGGAUAGUGGCAACGGAAAGGCGAACAAUGAGGCGAAAGGCAGCCCAGCUGGGUGUCCGAUCAGUCACCAAGAAGGGAAAAGAAAAAGUCCUGAAAUCAUCGCCGACAGCGACGUAUUGUUGCUGCCUGGAUGCUCCAAAGAUGGUUCGCGCUUGAAUUUAAGCAAGUUCAUUGACAUCCAUGGCGAGCUGUUUAAAAAGUGUCCUUACUCGUCGGAACUGACGAAGAUUGUGUCGGAAGCGAAGAAGGCCGAUAGCAACGGGAACAAUCUCGAGGGAGAAUCAAAACCGCGGAAAACAGAAGAACCAGAUUUGUGUCCCAGUGCGCGGUUCCCGGUUGGCCAGGAGGUCAUGGGUGACUGUCCGUUCGUUAGCACCGAAGAAAAGGUGGAUCUGCUGCUGGCAGGUGCGAUAGGUGCCGGCUGUCCGAUGGCCAAACCGAAGCCAGUGGAGAAAAACGAACAGGCGGUCGACAAGGGUGUCAUCGAUGGAGAGGAGCCAAGUGUAGCGACACCGGCGGACAAAUGCCCAUUUCUGGCAGCCAAAGUGCUGGAUUACAACGAAAAUCUCGACGGGAGACAUCUCGGGCCGGAACCGAAGCUGGAGGACAAUAGCGACCUGUUGUUCUGCGGAAUGCACCGGAUGUCUUCCAUCAAGCAGACCGUUUUCGAACGGUGUGAAAAGCUUGGUUACGAUCUGGCCCAUGACCUCAUUGCGAGAGGUGCGCUAGCGGUGAUGAAGUGCGCGCAGAACGAAAUACACUCGAAGGUGUAGCCACGUAGUUCCUAGAUCAAUCCCCUCCAAGCGGUGCUCUCAUGUUGAUUUUCUACUUAUUUUUGCUUGUUUUCUCUCUUGUUAUCUCGGAAAAGGUUGAUCAAAAAGGGAUCAAUUUUUGUCCUGAUGGACAUUUUUGCAAUAAAUCAA